CAUUUUGAAAUCUUUUGUUUUGAACAUAUCCAAAUUGUGAACUCUCUCUCCAAGAAAGGUCAUGAUCUGGGUUUGCUAAUUCAUCUCACCAAGGUCAUGAUCUUUCAUUGCUCUAGCACUGAUUUAUUAUUUGCUCCAUAUUUUUCAUUCCAUACCCACCUGAAUCAAUCAUUCACGACAUGCGUGAAGGAUAAGAAUAACCAGUAACAACAUUAUCUUUCAUUAUUCUUUUUUCUGAAUUCAAACAAACAUGGCACAUCGAUCAUUUAAACGUUUUGUUGAACAAGAACUAGGAAAGUUUCCACACUUCUUGAUCUUCACCAUGCUUGAAUGGGUGAUGAUAAUUAUGCUAUUCAUUGAUGGGCUUCUUGCAUUUGUUGCCAAUGAAUUUGCCAAGCUUUUUGAAUUGCAAGUCCCUUGCUUGCUUUGCACAAGAAUUGCUCAUGCAUUGGUCCAUAGAGACCCUGAAUUCUACUACAAUGAUUGGAUAUGCGAAGCUCAUAAGAAAGAUGUUUCCCCUCUGGCAUAUUGCCACAAUCACAAGAAAUUGUCAGAUGUAAGAAAGAUGUGUGAAGGUUGCCUUUUUUCAUUUGCAAUAGAAAAAGACUCUGAUUGCAUCAAGCACAAGCCUGCAGUUGAGAUUUUGAAUAAAGAUCUUGAAUGCUUUGUUGGGGAUGAUAGCCAAAUGCCUUUAAGUUUGACUGCAGGAAAAAAUGAUGAUAUUGUGCAUGCUGAGAAGAGUAGCAUCCGCUAUUGUUCAUGUUGUGGAGACCCUUUGAAAGUGAAAUCAUCAUAUUCAAAGGGAAAAGGUGCCAAUGCAUUCUCACUAAGUCCCACUCCUUCACCACGAGCACCGUUUGUGACAUUAUCAAGAGAGACUUGCAGUCUGAAUUCGCCGCGCACUCGAUAUGCAAAAUCCAAAUUUAUUUAUGAACAUGACUCAGUUCCUAAAGAUGGCUCGAAUGGAUUCAAUCCCGACACUCAAGUUAGGGAAGAUGCCAAGGCUACUACAGUUUUAUUAUUGACAGAAUCUGAGGAUUUGAAUGGCAAUGCCUCCAAGAGCCCCAACUUUGGUAGAGGGAACAGAUUCUUUGGAAUUUCACCAACAAAUUCGGCCAAUAACAGUCCUAGGUUUGGUACUAGGAGUACGAGGAAGUCUCCACUUGGAAAAACAAUGUUUGCUUCAGGGUGUACUGAUGAGAAUCUGCCAAUUAUUGAAGCCGAUGGUGAUUACAUUUUGCAUCAUUUGAAGAGACAGGUUCAAUUGGAUCGUAAGUCAUUGAUUGCUUUGUACAUGGAAUUGGAUGUAGAAAGAAGUGCUUCAACUGUUGCAGCUAACAAUGCAAUGGCCAUGAUCACCAGAUUACAAGCAGAAAAGGCAGCUGUUCAGAUGGAAGCCUUGCAGUAUCAAAGAAUGAUGGAGGAGGAGGCAGAGUAUGACCAAGAUGUCCUACAAGAAACGAUUGAUUUGCUUGCCAAGAGAGAGGAAGAAAUUAAGGUUUUAAAGGAUGAACUUGAGGAAUAUAGAGAAAAAUAUGGAAGCCUAAGAAAAGAUGGUUUCGAGAGAGUCGAAGUUGAGGCGAAUGAGGAUUACCUAGAGUAUAUAUCAAAACCAUACUCAUCUUACAGUGCAAAAUCUGAAAGUUCCAAUUCCAAUUCUAGUGUCAAUGAAGAGGAGAUUAAUGGAGAGGAUGCAUAUGGAACGGAUACACAAAGUGAAUCCUUGAAAGAAUUAAAAGGGCAGGAAACACAUCCUCUGAGAAGGCUUAAAAAUUUGGAGAAGAGAAAUCACUUCCUAUCAGAAAAUGGAGCUCUUUCCUCAGAGUCUAGCUCUAACAGUGUUGAUAAAACCAAUGAUGAGACGGGAAAGCAAAGAAAACCUAUCCUAACAAGAGAACAUCUUAGUCAAAGGGUAAAGGACCUUGAAGCAGAUAAUGGAUUCCUAGAGCAUGCUGCUCAGACACUCGAGAAACAUAGUGAAGGGGCAAGACUUCUAAUAGAGAUAUCUCGAAAUAUGCAUAAACUUCGGCAAUUGGUGACAAUGAAUCUCAAAGAGAAUGAUGACUAAUUCUUAGCCUAGUCUUUUUAUGGUACAUGCAAUUUACUUUUAAUUAAUUAUCCUCAGUUUUCAUGAUAUGCUCUCUUAUGAGUCAAGAUUCUUUGAAGAUCCUGCACACUAUAAACAAAAUCACACACAUAGGAGAUGGAUAUCUAGAGAGGAAAUGUGGUUGCUUUAUUCAAAGUUCAUAAGAUACAAAUAACAAUGCUGUUUGUUCUGAAUGGGCAUCCCUCCUUGCACUUUUUCAAAGAUCAUGUUUGAUGUACAGUUGUUAUUAAUGGAUAAAAAGUCAUAGGAAGCCUAGUGCUGGCUCCAAAUGCUA